AUGAGCACAAAGGAGAUGCGUGGGGCGUCCACCAUCGCCACACACAGCAGUCGCAGCCUUGAGAGUGCCACCGUCAGCCACACUAAUAACAGCAACAAUAACAACACCGGCAAUGGCGCGGGGGGUGAGAAGGCUGGUGAGUGGACGGUGCCGCCGGUCUCGCCGCACCCGCGCAAGGCCGGUUUCGACCUCUUCGUGUUUGAAUACGGAGCCAUUGUGUGGUGGGGUUUUGACCAGCGCUUCUUCAAGAUUGUCGAGAAUGACUUCAUGCUUCCCAACAGCUCUAUCGCGCGACACAUGGUGAACCGCUACAUGACACAGCUCGUCAGUGAGAACUACCCCGUGUGGUGCACCUACACCCUCGCGCGGAAGGACACGCUGGAGCCGGACGAGGACUUCCGCGAGCGGCUGCGCUUUGACCAUUUCGUUAUUCCCUUCGGCCGCGGGGACUUCGAUACAAGCAACGUCAGCAUGCUGUGCGCCUCACACGCCCUCGCGCAGUCGGCGAAGAUCGACUACCUGGAGCUGAAGGUGCAGGAGCUGACGGAGAGCUGCUCUCCGCUGCCGCGUGAGCUGCGUGAGAAGGGUCACGCGACUAUCACGGAACGGCGGCUGCUGCAGCUGCGCGGGGAGGUGUUGUCUUACCGGCUGAUGCUGAAGAGCGGCUCCAACCUCAUGGACGAGCCAGACUUCUUCUGGGAGAAUGCCCACCUAAAGCCUAUUUUCCAGGCGACGAAGGAGUGCUUUGAGAUCGCCGAGCGUGUGGAGGCGCUCGACAACAAGCUGGACGCCGCAAACGAGAUCUUGUCGAUGCUUGCGGAGGAGUUCUCACAGCGUCAUGGUGCGCGCCUCGAGUGGAUUGUCAUUUGGCUCGUAUUUGUGGAGGUCGUGAUUGGUGUGCUGGAGUUGCUCAUCAACGUCAAGCCGUGGUUCUACCGCAGGGCGUAG